GAAUCCCAUUCAUUCAUCAAUCAUACUCAAACACAUCACAAACAAAAUUCAUCUUCCUUUCUUCCUUCAUUUUUUCCCCUUUUAAUUUAUUCAUUUUAUUUUUUUAAUUCUCAAACUCUAUCCUAAAUCCUACUAACUAAUAUUAAUUAAUUUUCUCUAUUUUUUUUUUCUUACAAAUUUCCAUGAUUGUUCUUGUUCUAGGUCGCUCCUUCACUUCCUCAUUAUAUAAGAAGACUUCCCCUUUCACACAAAAUCCAUUCAAACCCAUUUUUCUUCUUCCCCCAAAGUUUCAAUCUUUAUUCCCAUUUUACCCUUUUCCUUCUUCUAUCAUGGCUACUUGUAUUGACUCUUCUACCCCUCCUCCUUCUCGCAAACCAAACAUUCCUCAUCAACAUGAUGACCCUUCAUUCAAUUUUGUCAAAUUUUACCGACCCUUUUCACAUAAUCAUGAAAAAAACUUGCAUACACAAAGGAUUGUUGAAGAUUUUGAACAUGUUCAUCUUCAUGAUAAGGUUGAAAAUGGUGUUGAGGUUGAUUUGUGGUUGAAGAUUCAAGAAGAAGCAAGGUUAGAUUUAGAACAAGAACCAAUUUUAUCUAGCUAUUAUUUCAGCUCAAUAUUAUCACACAAAUCAUUAGAAAGUGCUUUAUCAAAUCAACUCUCAAUUCAUUUGAGUAAUUUGAGUCUUUCUAGCACAACCCUUUUUGAUCUUUUCAUGAAUAUUUUAGUUGAUGAUCAAGAUAUUAUAGAUGCUAUGAAAGAUGAUAUGAAAGCAGUGAAAGAAAGAGACCCUGCUUGUAUAAGCUAUGUUCAUUGUUUGUUGAAUUUCAAAGGCUUUUUAGCUUGUCAAGCUCAUAGGGUAGCACACAAAUUAUGGUUACAAGGAAGAAAAGUGUUAGCACUUUUGAUUCAAAAUAGGGUUUCUGAGGUUUUUGCAGUUGAUAUUCAUCCUGGUGCUAAGAUUGGUAGAGGGAUUUUGUUGGAUCAUGCAACAGGUCUUGUUGUUGGUGAAACUGCUGUGGUUGGAAAUAAUGUUGCAAUUUUGCAUAAUGUUACAUUAGGUGGAACUGGUAAAGUUUGUGGUGAUAGACAUCCUAAGAUUGGUGAUGGUGUUUUGAUUGGUGCUGGAACAUGUAUUUUAGGGAAUAUUAAGAUUGGUGAUGGUGCUAAGAUUGGUGCUGGUUCUGUUGUGUUGAAGGAUGUUCCACCAAGAACUACUGCUGUUGGAAAUCCAGCUAAGUUGAUUGGUGGAAAAGAUAAUCCUAUCAUGUUGGAUAAGAUUCCUAGCUCUACUAUGGACCAUACUUCAUAUAUUUCUGAGUGGUCUGAUUAUGUUAUUUAGAGUCUAAUCUUUUUUUUUAUCAGAAAUGUUGGAUGACGUGCAAUACAAGGAGUUUGCAGGAAGCCAACUAUUUUAGUACUAUGUUAAGUGGGGUUCUGAUGGAAUCUGAUGUAGUCCAAACACGCUUAAUUGCGAUGUUCUGAUGUAUUAAUGUUGUUAUGAUCACACCUGAUGAAUUCUGAUGUAGUCCAAACACGUUUUAACCACAGGGUUCUGAUGGAAUCUAAUGUAUUAGUGUUGUUAUGAUCGCACUAGAGAUUAAUCUUGUUUUUUUUAAAUGUUUUGAUUAAGUUAA